AAAGUUUUCAUGAAAGAGGGAUCAGAAUAUUGUAGUGUUUGUAGUUUGGUAUCUAACCCUUCUUAACUCAGGUAGUUUUGCUACAGAGCUGAAAGCUUUUAACAUGGGGACUGAAACUAACAAAGAUGAGCGUAACACGCCAGAAUAUUUAGCACAGUUAUUAAAAGACAAGAAACAAAUUCAGGCAUUUCCAAGUGUUUUUAUUCACUUGGAAAAACUUUUAGACGAAGAAAUUAACCGUGUGAGAUUAGCAUUAUUUCAUCAUAAAGGCAACCAACGAGAAGAGUUAAUGUUACCUGAUGGAAUAGGUCCAGUACAGACAUUCUCAGAAAAAUUAUAUGUACCAACCAAAGAACACCCAGAAUUUAAUUUUGUGGGUCGAAUAUUGGGACCCCGGGGGAUGACAGCAAAAGAAUUGGAACAAUACACAGGCUGUAAAAUAAUGGUACGAGGAAAAGGUUCCAUGAGAGAUAAAAAGAAGGAAGACCAGAAUAAAGGCAAACCUAACUGGGAACAUUUAAACGAUGAACUUCAUGUAUUACUAACAGUAGAAGACACAGCUAAUAGAGCUGAAGCUAAAUUAAAGAAGGCAGUAGAAGAAGUUAAUAAACUAUUAGUACCUGCACCCGAUGGGGAAGACGAUUUAAAGAAACGACAACUCAUGGAGUUAGCUAUCAUAAAUGGCACUUAUCGUGACACUUCUAAACCUUCUACAUCAUCGGCCUCACAAACAUCUACGACUCUUGAUGGUAGAAUGAUCUUGACAUCCCCAAUGGGCAACCCUUUUGCUGCACUAAAUGGAGCAGACCCUACCAAAAUGAAUGGCCAGGUUGAUGGUGGAAUGAUCUUGUCAUCCCAAUUUGGCAACCCUUUUGCUGCACUAAACGGAGGGUUUACAGACCCUGCCAAAAUGAAUGGCCAUGGUCAUGACCCACAUUCUUACUUUCAGAGGUUAUCAGAGGCUCAUAGAAUGAUAGCUACAACUUCACCUUUGACUGGUGUACAACAGACAUUGCGUUCUCCUGGUCCUGCAGGAGCACCUCUCAUCUUGGCUCCAAGAAUGCAAAACAUACCCACAAGUUCAGCAGGCCUGAUCAGUGGCCCACCACCACCUCUUGUUUCACCAACAGAUGCCAGUGGUGCUGCUAGUCUGAUAUAUAAUCCCUACAGUGAUUUCCCAUAUGGGUAUUCACCGGCGGCAUCAAUCAUAGAAUAUCCCAGUCACUUAGACCAGACUGCAGCUGGUGCUGUGCCUAAAAUCAGGAGGGCAGUCGAAGGACUUAGAACGCACCCUUAUGCAAGGGUGACACUUUCAUAAUAGAUUUAAGGAAGCUGCAUUCAACUAACACAAUCCUGGUCACAAAGAUCCCAUGCCUGAUCCGCUUCCACUAGUAACCAGGGCUUGGUAGGAGUUUCUCAGUGCACCCGAGAAUUCUCUCAAUGUGGUGGGUACCACAGAAUGCUGAAUAAACACUAACUCGGGUCAUCAUACUCCAAGACUAACUCAGGACCACAGAUUCAAUAACUUUUGUCCAGGAUUGGUUGAAUCGAAUCCGUGCCAACAAAUUUAUCACCAGUUAAGUGCCUGACAAACUAACUGUUGUUGACUAUAUUGUUUGUAAUUAUACUCAAGUUUAACAUUGUUAUGUAAAGAAUCUGCAUUUAUUCACCUCAGCUGAAACACAUUGUUAUUAACAGAAGUCUAUUGUUUAUGUAUAAUGAUUCAUAUUUUAUUGUUUAAAACGUAGACAUUAGUUUUUGUGCUUUUACUGUACUUUAAUCAUGUGGUGUCUUCCAGAAAAAGGCUCAUAAUUGUUCUCAACUAUCAUUUUAGAUAUUAUUUUCACUUAAUAUCAAAGUUUUAUAUUCUGAGAUUUGAUCUGAAUAGAAAGUGAACAUUUCUGAGCCUUUUCCUUAAUUAAAAUUUCUAUAUUACUAUGAGAACAACUUAAUUUGUGAUAUUUCCACAAAAUAACCAGUAUAAAUUGCCAAGGUAACAAUCAUGUGAUGUCUUCUUUAGUAACCAAGUGUAUUGCUAUGGUUAUAUAGAAUUAAUUUUCCCCAUGGUAACUGAUUUUUUUCUGUCACUAUGGUAACAAGCUAUUUAUAUCCACAUUUAUAGAACAAAUCAUAUCAUUAUUUUUUGUGAAAGAGAUUAACUUUUUUAUAUAUUUUAUUUUUUCAAACUUUUGGCAACCAGUACUUAGAUAUUAGAAUCAAAACUUUUUUUAUAUUUUAUUGAAGAUGAUCGUUGUAUUAUAUUUGUAAUUAUUUCGGUGCUUAUUUGGAAGAACAAAUUGCUCCAAAGAAUAAUUAUGAUUGCAUUUAGGUUCAUUGUAUUAAUGAUACCAGAUUAAGUAUUUGUGAUGGCUUUAUAGAACAGAACACUGUUUUAUUAUUGUUUAUGUAAAGAAUACACUUAAAUUAAUUCACAAUUAAUUAUUUUCAUUUAUUUUUGAAAAUGUAUUAUUUUGUUAAAUGUGAGAGAAACCCAAAACAAUUUUAAUGGAUAAUGGCUUACAAGUAGAAAAAUUUGACAAAUUAAACCGCUUUUACAUUUUACAUUUUUAUAUGAAGUGUUCUAUGAGAAUAAUGCACAGGAUUUUGUAUAAUAAUUUAAUUUUGUUCAAUAGUCAUUGCUUCAUUAAUCAGAUAUGGAUAAUAGUCGCUAUGCAAUGAAAAUGUGAUUAUUUUUUUAACAUGUGAUGAAUCAUGUGACCUGUGUACAUACUCAGCGAAACAGUUCAUAAUAUUGUCACAAAAUGUAGAUAUUUAACAUUAACUUCAAACAGCAGCUGUAGCUAUCACUUCUCGGUAAAAAUAGGUAAUAAAGCCAUAGAAUUUGUAUAUUAUGCAGUGCUAUAUGCAUCGAUAUAUAUUAAGGACAAUAAAUAAAAAUUAAAUGAGGGGAAAAUAUUUGGUAAAAAUGGACAUUUUUUGAAACAUUCUAUAGCAAUAUUUAAACACAAUUCAAUUUACAAUCGGGACUAAUUUUAUUAUCCAAAUAUGAGAAGAGGUUUUCUUCUUUUUCAUUUUAGCUUUAUUAACCAACUAUAAAAAGAAAAAACAAAUGGACAUGUUUUUAAAACAUCUUCUUUCAUGACUAAUUUUCCUCAUAUGCUCUUAUGAGAGACCUAAAUGUACAUUUAUUAUGUACUUGAGAAUUUAAUACUUCAGCUGCUGUCAGAAGUACCAAUUACUUUAUAUGAGAUUUUUGCUACAAGUGCAAUUAAUUGUACUCGUGUAUUGUACAGCAUUAUGUAAUUGCAAUACAAUUUACUCUUAUAUCACCAUGUAUUAAAAGAACCCACCAGAACCCCACUGUAGAUUAUAGAUAAUGUACUCAUAUAUGUAUGGCUGUUAAAUGCUUAAUUCUAUAUGUAGGUAAAAUCUUGUAUGAUACAUAUUUUAUAUUUAGUAUCUAUCUGCAAAUACUACCAAUCAUUCACUGAUAACAAAAAUCCUUGUUUUAGAAGGGUAAGGUUGAUGAUAAAUAUGCAAAAUAAACCCCCUUAACGUUUAUGAUAAUCUUAUAAGUUGUAAUAAUUGCAAGAAGAAGAGUAAGGUUUUGUUGAAAAUCUUUUUGCUAAACAAUUUUAUUGGUUGUGCUUCCAUGCACUCUUUGUUUGGAAGGCAACAAGUGGUUGUAUAUGGUUGUGGAGAAAAAAAAUGAUAUACAAAAUAUAACAAUUGAUUGUAAAUUACACUGCCUGAUGAAUUGCUAAGGUUGAAAAUAGCAAUACACUGCAAAUACUUAUUUAAAAGAGGUUUGAUGAUUGAUUUUGUUUUAUGAAGUGCAUUUCACAGCCAUACAUAUCUGUAAACUUUCAGUCAUGCAUUUCUAAAAUAUAACUCAAAAUAUACAAGCAUGAUCAUUUCUAUAGCAUUUUUCUUGUGUUGAUUUUUUUGAUACAAAGACUUUUGUUGACUGUUUUGAAGGCAUAAUAUUGUUGUACUAACUAUGAAUUAAAAUUUGUUUUGCUAUCAUAGAAAUACAUACCAAUAUAGUUGAAAGUAUUUUGUACAAAAGUAUUCAACCAUUUGAUGAUUUUUUAUGGCUUUGGAUUAUCUUCAUUUUAAUAUUCAGGUGGUAAAUGAUUUUUAAAAAAUUGUGAACUUCAGAGAAAUUAAAAGCAUUUGGAAUUUCUGUAAAAAUAGAUCUGUGUAUUUGAGACAGAAAAUAUUAUCUUUUUUUUUUAAAACAAUUAAAAAAUUCAGUUCAAGUUUUAUACAAAAAAAGAUACAUAUGGGAAACAUGACCUGUCUUUUAAACUAUAUGUAUCUGUACAUUGUCUUUGAAUCAAUGAGACUUCUCUGAUGUUUAGAAAAUAAAACCAUAAAUGAUGGUAGUACAUGUAUGUAAAUAGUAAAUCCCUGAUACCAGUAUCCCAGGAAGGUGGGGUGGUAUAGUUGUAUGUAUUUCUUUGAUAGAUGAUUACUGUUUCUGACAGAAUAAUGAGUUUUUUUUGUAUAGUCGAUCAUUUACUCCUCUCAAAAGAUUGGGGAAACAUUUGGUAAAUAAGAAAGUGAAAAUGUUUUCAGUAAAUUCUGUCAGUUCAGUAUGUUAUGUAGUAUUUUGAAGAAUCUCAUUAACAAUAUAUUAUGAAUACUCCAUACUGCCGCUAAUCUCUGCUGCUGAUAAUAAAAAAAAGAUGGAUUUUAAUGUUUUCUGUUCAGUUUUUUACUAACACACUUAUUGCAUGCAUUGUUGACCUGAUUGUUUGAGAAAAGAGACAUUGAUAUUCAAGUAUGUAUUAAUACUGGGAUCAAUUCAUUAGAUAUGUGAUAAGAUGGAACAUUUCUCGUGGGAAAGGGUAUGGGGGAAGAUUCAAUAAGCUUGUGUAACUUAUGAUUGUCUACUUAAAGCUUAAAUGUAUAAAAAAAAAUCUUAACCUAGGAUGAACAGUAACAUCUGAAGGGCAUUUUACAGGUAUACAGGGUAUCUACAGGGUAUAGAUAUAUAUCUAGAAACUGAAUACUCGGGACUAUUUUGGUCCAUACAUUUUUCACAGGGGUAUGUAAAUAUUCAAAAAAGAAACGGACCGUUAAUGUUUGAAUAUCAGUGUCUUUUCAAACCAAUUGUAAUGAAAUGAGUUUAAAUACUAUCCUGUUAAUUACUUUGCUUGUUGAAUUGAUUUGAGCUUAAACUAACCAUUGCUCAGUCCCAAGUACUCUCUCAAUUUCUGUAACUACACCUGAAGCAUGGAGAAACCACAGCAUAGCAAGGUAGGUUUCAUCUGUCGAAUAUCUGAACAUCUUGCAUUAACAAUAUUUCUAAGCAAUAAUAUAGAACCUACACCUGAAGCAUUUGCAUGUGACAAUAAAUGGCAGCAUACCCAAAAAACAAUCAAAAAUUCAUUACCCAUAUAAGUAUUGGCCUGAAAGAGAGAGGAAAUGAUUUAUAGUUUAGAUAGGUGUUAGGCUCAGAAGGGAAUUCACAUUUGACAUUAAUUUUGUCUAAUGUGUGAUAUUUAUUUGUACAAAGUAUGCAAAGAAAAAAAAAUCAUAGCCCAUAAAUAUUAGUAUAUGUAAUAGUAAAUUUGGUUAUUUAUUAUUAACACAUUUCUAACAAAUUUAACAUGCUUUGAGUGUUCAUAAUUAACGGCAUGACUUUCGAGAAAUCCAUUUAUACACUGACACAACAUUCAUAACUUCUAAUCAAAGGCUCUUAAAUGUUGGGUACACAUGAGAAGGAACUUUUAUACCCUUUAACAUCAAUAUGGGAGGAUAUAUAUUUAAAAAGAUUUAACAGCAGUAGCCCAAAUUUUAUUCAAAGCAUAAGAGGUGGGACUUGUAUUUAUUUGAUCCUUACGUAGUUCAUUGCAAUGAUUUUGUUAAUUGACAGCACAAUUCAGUGUUUAAUGCUGUCAUCAAAGGUCGAUAUUUUUUGUUUUGUGAAGAACAAUCAAUGUGCAUAUGAACAAUCUUGUUCACUUUCAAGAAAGUAUUUAAUGUUCACAUGCAUAAUAACCAUUAAUUGAACGAGAAUGGCUUUAAAUGAAACUUGAUUUAUAAACUUUUAAAGAUAGCAAGAAAAUUAGAAAUUUUCGUGGAACUGUGAUAUUUUUUUUUUAUAAAGAAUGUUUUUUUUUGUGCCAUUUUCAUUCUUUAUAUCUACAUUUGUUGUGUCUUGCCAAAAUUUAGCAUGUAUAGUACAUGUCAUUCUAUCCUUUCAACCUAACAAUACUCUAUGCUUUUAUAUUAAUUCACAGGGGAGGUAAUUCAGUCCCCCGAAAGGGAGGAAACUUUGCUAAAUCUUGAAGGGGAGAUAACCAUGACAUUUUGUAUGUGUGCUCACUUUGAUAGUGAUGGUUUUUAGUCAGUAUUUUUAUUUACUAUUGUUGUAUUUGGCCAUUUUUGUCUUGACAUCAUGUUGAAUCUCAUCAUGACUUUGAUGUGUUGCAAGGCCAACACAAUUUAUUAUAUUGAGAGAGAUUUUUUUUAUAUAAUUAAAGUAAAUUGUAAAAAAAAAUAUACAUUCUUUCAUCUCCA